AGAAAUGAGUGGUUGAGUCCACAGUCAUUAUGGCGGCGACCCAAAAAGAAGUUCUUGGAAAAGUCGGGCACUUUGUUUUGUUUGGAUUCCACUUGUUCGUGCAGUACUACGACGUUCUGUAUGUUGAUGACGUCUAUGGAUCUCCGGUUCCGUUCAAGUUAACGUUUGGAGGCAGAUGGAAGUUUUUGACAGUCUUAAACUUUAUGGGCCACACUGUGUUCUUUGCUAGCUGUGUUCUGGCUGACUUCAUAGAAGGAGUUCUGGGCAAGAAAGCUGCUGGACUGAGGAAGAUACAGGACUAUGUACUGGCCUCUGUACUGUUCCCUAUGAGCAUGAUCGUGACUGUUGUGUUCUGGGGGAUCUAUGCCGUGGAUCGUGACAUGAUCUUCCCGACAUCUAUGGACAAGAUCAUUCCUCCCUGGAUCAACCAUGUCUGGAUCAUUCCUCCCUGGAUCAACCAUGUCUGGCACACGACAGUGGUGCCUGUUCUGCUGUUGGAGAUGUACCUGGUUCACCACAGGCAGCCGUCGCGCCGGGCAGGCCUCACUGGAGCAGUCACCGUGGGGAUUAUAUACCUUAUAUGGGUGCUGAUAGUUGCCCAUGUGGGUGGAUUCUGGGUGUACCCCUUUAUGGCAGCUAUGAACAAUUUCCAGUUUUUCCUGUUCUGCUGUUUCACGGCUGUUAUAGGCUGCUGUUUCUACCUACUAGGGGAGGUCUGCAACAACAUGUUCUGGGGACCAAGGGAAACUCCAAGAAAAGAGAAGAAGAGAGCAUGAAGAAUUCUCAGCAACAAACAAGGAAUUUUAAGAUAUAUGCACAUUUGUGACAUUUUAAACUUUCUUAGCAAUAAUGGUGUAACUAUUCUCAAAGAAGGAAGUUUUUAUUAUGUUUUUAAGUGUUUAAUAACCAUUUUGAGAAGUCCUGUUCUAUUUACCAGUUAAGUACUGACUACUACAAUAUACUGUAUUUUGACCUCCUGACCCCUUAGUUUGUAAACAUACAGCCCAACUAUCCACCCUAUGUCUGAUGACAAUUUCCGGAUCACUUCAUAGCAGAGGCUUUUAGAUAAGAUUUUAUCAAUGGGAGUCAAAUUUUUAGGUGACUGAGAUUCAACACACAGUGAAUACUACAGACAUUUUAGGCGGUCAGGGGAAUCAACCUUCUUCCAUGGUUCGGGGUUUGAGAGAAUUAAAAUUGCCAAGCCCGAAUAUAUCCGGCCCCGAACAUAUACAUGCCCUGUGUGCCGUGCUCGGAUAUAUCAGGGAUAGCGUAUUCCCCUGAAGUAGCAGCUUUGCGUGUGUGUAGCGCACGAACCCCGGAAGUUAGGGACUUCGGCCUUGUUCGGGGGGUUCUUUUUGGAGGUCAGCUAUGGCAUUUUAUAGG